AAGGCGCCAACGAGCUCCUCCUGGGUUAUUUCUUAGCCGCCCUUCGUCUCUCUCGUGGUCGGAGGGAUUCGCCGAAGAAGAUGACGACGAGGUUCAGAAAGAACAGGAAGAAGAGGGGUCACGUCAGCGCCGGGCAUGGCCGGAUCGGAAAGCACAGGAAGCAUCCCGGAGGGCGCGGUAACGCCGGAGGCCUUCACCACCACCGGAUCCUCUUCGACAAGUACCACCCGGGUUACUUCGGCAAGGUCGGGAUGCGGUACUUUCACAAGAUGAGGAACAAGUUCCACUGCCCCGUUGUCAACAUCGACAAGCUCUGGUCCCUUCUCCCACAGGAGGCCAAGGAGAAGUGCUCGUCCGAGAACGCCCCGCUCCUAGACGUCACCCAGUUCGGCUUUUUCAAGGUCCUCGGCAAAGGCAACCUCCCCGAGUCACAGCCCAUCGUCGUCAAAGCGAAGCUCGUGUCCAAGCUGGCUGAGAAGAAGAUCAAGAAUGCUGGAGGUGCGGUCCUCCUCACCGCUUGAGCGCGUCGGUAGGGUCUCGUAUUUCAUUGAUUGCGCAAUUGGUCGUUCGAUCUUAGUUUUCUUUCUCAGGGUUCUGUUUUCGUGUUACGGAUCUCAUUAGUGCUUGGUGGACCUGAUUCUGAUGUGGACUAAAUCCUUGGACGAUGUAAAUCGUGCCUAUGUUCAAAUUGUGUCCUUCUUUUUGCCCUAUGUUCAAGCUGCUAUUAUUAUUUUAUUUUACCCGUUAUAAAAUUAGAGUUUCUUUCA